AUGGCUGCCUUACGUAGGUUAAUUCUUCUGGUGAAGAAACACACAAAUUUCACGAAUGGUACGGGUACCUUACUGAGCGGGAAACAAACAUUGAAAGAAACAUGCACCUUAAGACAUAUCGGCACUGGGCUUUGUAUCGCAGCUGGAGGUAUUGCACUUUACUAUCACUGCACAAUCCGAGACCAUACUGCAUGGAGCAAUGGUAUCUCUGGUUUCCGAACCCUGGCUGCUGCGCUUCCAGUAGUGGCAGCGAAAGAGAAGAACAAAACACUUGCUGAAGAUGAGGACAUGUCCAUGUCAGUCCAUGAGCACAGGUUUCGUCUCUUCAGUUCAGUGGAGUAUGAGGGACAGCUCUACAUGACGCCGCUCGACUUCAUAGAGUCAGUCACUAUGAGAGAGCCAAAGAAGAAAAAGUAUUGGAGGUCCUUGACAAAACAGGAAUUGGAGAAGUUUCUAUCAGAAACACCCCCCGUUUGGAAAGGUUCCUCCAGUCUUUUCAGAAACCUACGUGAGAGAGGAAUUAUCACAUACACAGAGUAUCUCUUCUUGCUCUGCAUUCUGACAAAACCUCAUGCAGGGUUCAAAAUAGCUUUCAACAUGUUUGAUGCAGAUGGGAAUCAAAUGGUAGAUAAAAGGGAAUUUUUGGUGCUUGAGGAAAUUUUCCGUAAGAAAAAUGACAAAAAAGACAGAGGGGGGGAUUCUGAAAGCGACGCACAAUCGAGUGUGGAACUCUUUGGACCUCAGGGUUCUGUCACGGACAGCGUCUUUAACAAAGGCUCGCAGGCUUUUGCACCCAGAAGCUUUUGGGAUGUUCUGAAGCAUGGUGCGAGAGUAGCUCUCUUUUCUGAUCUAACAGAGCACGUGCAGGAGGAUGUGACCAGCACCACCCUCCUGGUCCAUUUCUUUGGGAAAAAGGGAAAAAUGGAGUUAAACUUCGACGACUUUUACAGGUUCAUGGACAACCUGCAGACAGAGGUGCUUGAGAUUGAGUUCCUCAGCUGUUCUGACGGUAUGACCACCAUCAGCGAGGAGGACUUCGCUCGCGUCCUGCUGCGCUACACCACCGUGGAGAACAUUAGCAGUUACCUUGACAACGUGAGGCACAGCAUACCUGACGAGAAGGGAAUCACUUUUGAUGAAUUCAGAUCCUUUUUCCAGUUCCUCAACAACCUGGAGGAUUUCGCUAUCGCCAUGCAGAUGUAUAAUUUUGCAAAUCGAUCGAUCGGACAAGACGAGUUUGCUCGCGCGGUCUACGUGGCGACGGGCCUGAAACUAACGGAGCAUCUCGUUAGGACCAUCUUUAAGAUAUUUGACGUGGACCACGAUGACCAGCUGAGCUAUAAGGAGUUCAUCGGCAUCAUGAAAGAUCGCCUUCACCGUGGCUCAUGGGGACACCAUGGUGAAGAAAGAUUCACCUCUUUCAAAGCCUGUAUGAAAAAGGAACUAUCCAGAAGAUAAGAUAAUAUCCUGCUCAAGACUUGACCUAUGUCAUCCCAGCGAGGAAGGGUCAAGAAAUGUGACAGUCCUCAGUGAAAGUCACCACACUCAUGAACCUCUAGCUAUUGCCUUUGUACUUCAUCGUUGAACAAACUACCUCCGGGGAAUACUAAUUAGGCCAAGCCAUUUGACUUUAGACAUUUGAUCAUAUGAAAUACAAAGCCAAA